AUGGCUGAAGCUGAAGGUACUGGUGAACCAAACAUUUUCGAGGCUCUUAGAAACAACCCACACUUCCCAAUGCUUCGUGAAACUAUCCAAAGAAAUCCAGCUGUAAUUCCAGAGCUUUUGCAACAAUUCAGCCAGACCAAUCCAGGUUUGGUCAGACAAAUCACAGAGAACCCACAAGAAUUCCUCCGUCUCUUCCAAGAGCCACAACAAGUUGCCAUUCAAGUUUCACAAGAGGAAAGAGAAGCCAUCGAAAGACUGAUACUACUUACUGGUCUUGAAAAGGCUGAGGUUGUCGAAGCCUAUUUUGCAUGUGAUAAAGAUGAACAACUUACUGCCUCCUAUCUAUUUGAACGUGCUGAUGACCCAGAUAAUUAA